AUGCCAGCGUCCCCUUCGUCCACCGCCAUCGACGGCGUCAAUCUCUCGUCCGCCUUGACGGCGCUCAAAGUGUCACUGAAGCGUGACUUUGAGAGCUUUGCCCCGCCCACACCUGCCGUCUCCCCCGCUCACGGCCGCAGCGUGGCCAAGCGCAGUCGCUUCGGCUUGGAGGAACCCGAAGCGGCCGACGCCAUAGAUGGACCACGAGUCAGAACGACAGCAGCUUCGACGCCCCCACAGACGGUGAACGCGUUCUUAGCUGUCAGCAACCGCAUCAAGAUUGAGCUGGACAAGCGGCGACGCAAGGACCGAGACCGUGCCCCCAAGCCUCGCCGGCGACAACAGCUGAGCUACUUUGCCAUUGUCGGAGCUUUCCAGCGCGCUGCGCACGAGCGCAAAGUCGCGAUGCAGCUCGAGUGUGUCGUCAAGGCCUCGACCACGGACUGA